AUGGCUGAGGAAGAACCUAAGACUGCACCUGUCGAGUCACAGGAGGCACAGAACACUACCAUGACCGAGGCUACAACUGAAGGCCCUUCAGCUACCGCUGAGAGCACUGAAGCACCUGCCACCACCGAGGCCAUGGACACAUCAGCCGACAACACCGAGGCCAAGGAGAAUGAUGCAGCACUUGCUGGCGCACAAGCAACCACUGAAGUCAACGCACCAGACGGCGAGGGAAAGACAGAAGCAGCAGUACUCCCUUCCGAUGUCGCCGAUGCCGCAACCCCCACAGGCAACAAGAACGGAAAGAGAAAGUCCACCUCGGGUGUUCCGGAGCACAAGAGCAAGAAGUUGAACAAGAAGAAGUCGGUAGCACAGCUGAACCUCAACAUCAACCCGGGCGACUACUACUGGGCCAGACUCAAGGGUUAUUCUCCAUGGCCUUCGAUCGUCUGCGACGAAGACAUGCUUCCAGAGAUUCUUCUGGGCAACAGACCUGUCAGUGCCAAACGUGCCGAUGGAUCCUACCGUGAGGAUUACGAGGAUGACGGCAAGAACGCCAAAGACAGAACCUAUCCUCUCGAGCCUGGUGACUGCACUCCUGACAAGCAGACCGGCAAGAUGUCCAAGGCUCUGAAGGAGGCUUACGAUAUUGCCGAAGAACGCCAUGACCUCGAUUACUUCAAGAACAUGCUUGAUGAUUUCAUGCAGCAACAGAAGCAGGCUCAGGAAGAACAGGCUGCCAAACAAGCCGAGAAGGAGGCCAAGGCCGCUAAGAAGGCCGAGAAAGCUGCUGCAGACAAGACCAAGGAGAAGAAAGACCGCAGAAAGAGCAAGAGCAAGGAAACUGUUUCAGAUGCGGACGACAUGGACCUUGACGUCCCUGAGGAUGCAGAGGCCAAGCCCACUAAAAAGAGAAAGAAGGAUGCCGACAGCGAAGGCGAGGGUCCCAAGGCAAGAUGA